ACAAACCUUGGUCAAUUUCGCUCACAGAAACAUUUACGAUAAAUAUGUUAAAAAGUGCCACAUUUCUCUGUUUUGUUAUUUCAGUGUGUUCAGUGGAUUACUACACUGAGCGUGAUGUUAACGCUUAUGAAAAACUAUUAAACGAAGCAUUUGAAUCUAGCAAAACUUACGAACCAGCAACCAGUUCUCUAAAAUAUAAAGCGUUGAAAUCUGGACCUCCAGAAGGUGAUGACGGUGAUUAUGAUUUCAUUGUGGUUGGUUCAGGAUCAACAGGAUCAUUGUUAGCUAGUCGCCUCUCGGAAAUUUCAGACUGGAGAGUUUUAGUGCUGGAAGCAGGCAAAUUUGGAAACAAUGUUACUGACGUUACUGUAAUGAGUUACAAAGCUACAAUUAUGAGCGACUUCAAUUGGGGUUACUACAGUAUACCACAGAACAAUACUUGUUUAGGGUUUGAAAAAAACAGAUGCCCGCAUAUUAGAGGAAAAGGAGUUGGUGGUACAUCUCUUCUGAAUGCGCUAAUUUAUACUAGAGGCAACAGAUUGGAUUUUGACACCUGGUGCUCGAUGGGUAACAAGGGAUGGUGCUAUAACGAAUCGUUGCCAUAUUUUUUAAAAACUGAACAUCUCCAUUGGACAGAUCGUAAUGCCCCAAUGGAUCUCCCUUACCACAAUUCCACAGGAUUGUUGUGGGUAGAGCAACCUCUACCUAGAACGCAACAUACUAAGAUAUUUUUAGAAGCAAAUGAGCAAAUGGGCUAUAAAAACAGAGAUUUAAAUGGCGUAGAUCAAAAUGGCGUAAUGACUAUGCAAAUAAAUACUAGAAAAGGCAGGAGACAGGAUAGUGGGACUGCGUUUAUAAAACCGUUUUUACACCGAAAAAACCUAAAAGUAUUAACAGAAGCUUUGGCUACAAAGAUUAUUAUCCAAAAUAAAAUAGCAACUGGGGUUGAAUAUUUACGAAAUGGUGUAUUAUACUCAGCAAGAGCUAAAAAAGAAGUAAUUGUAAGCGCUGGGACUAUUAAUAGUCCCCAAUUAUUGAUGUUAUCAGGAAUAGGACCAAAGAAGCAUUUACAAAAAUUCAAAAUACAAGUAGUCCAAGAUCUGGAAGUUGGAAGCGGUUUUUCGGAUCAUUUACAAGUUUAUGGUAUGGUUUAUUCAAGUAAUCUUACAGAACCAAUAAAGACACUUAGAGAAGCAAUUGCUGAGUAUUUAAACAAUGGCACUGGAUAUUUAGCUGAAGCAGCAUCAACUCAGGCUCUCGGAUACUAUAAGACUAUACUGGAACCUGUUGCGGGCUAUCCAGAUUUGGAAUUGAGCUUUGCCGAUACUAAUCUAACGUCUGACGCUCUCUCUCGUUUUUAUAACUGGAAAGCAGACAUAUCUGCCGCCACAGGUGGUAUUAAUGCUGCCAGUUCUUUCCAAAUUUUUGUGACACCAUUACAUACAAAAUCAUUAGGCACUGUUAGGUUGAAGAGUGCCAGUCCGUUGGAUUACCCUGAUAUAGAUCCCAACAUACUAUCAGAUCCUGAAGGACAUGAUCUAGAAAGUGUUUAUGUUGGAGUACAAUUAGCUGUAAAUCUGACAAAGCAGGGUCCAUUUAAGAAAAUAAAUGCCAAAUUACAACAAAAGCCGAUAAAAGAAUGCAUACAGUAUGAGUUCAUGAGUAGAAAAUAUUGGAAGUGUGCUAGUAAAUACAUCGUCUGUCAUAAUAAUCAUUCUGUCGGUACAUGUAAAAUGGGUCCAAAUCCAAAAAGAGGUGACGUAGUUGAUAACAAAUUAAAAGUACAUGGAAUUAAAAGAUUACGAAUUGCCGAUGCUAGUAUUAUACCUCUUUCUACGUCCAGCCAUAUCAAUGCAAUUUGUUACUUGAUUGCAGAAAAGGGAGCUGACUUCAUUAAGGAAGCUGAUGGAAGGUUAAACUCCACCAGUUAGUUAUAUUGAUAUUAUAAAAUAAAAAAUUUCAUUUCA